GGCCUGUCAUUCGAGUGCUACAUCGUGCGUUGGCCGAAGCAGUUGCUCUUGCGUUCAAGUACAACACAGAUAGUACAACAAAAGCAAAAAACAAAACACGCUAACGUGUAUUCGUAUAACAAAAACAUUGUAGUACAACAAUGAAAUCACGAAAAAAUGCCGCUAAACUAACUCCAACUGUAAAAAACGAAUGCCAAGCUGACUUUUCGUUGCCACUCGUUGUCUGCAAUAUAUGGCAACAAAUUCAAGUUCGUCACUUUAUCUAACGGUUUUACUGCACUCCAACUCACGCCAGUGGGUCUGUUUCGUUGAAUGCAAAGCACUAGCUGGUUCUCAUAGUUGUUGGUGUUGUUGUAUCGGCGCGCCAUUCAACCGUUGUGUGUGUUGUCGUGCGCAUUGACUUUCGGUCUUUUCAACAUCACUGCUGUUGCCUCGCUUGAAUGGGGGAAACAGUGUAUAUUCUUGGCGUAUAUAGUAAACAAAAAACGGCGAUAAGUGCUUAAUCGCUUCUUAAUCGAGCGCGAGUGCGUACGCAUAGGUUCGGUGGAGUUCCGUUUUAUUCCGUUGUAGCGACAGAUAUUUAUUUAGUAGCAAUUUCGUGUUCGUAUAAGUCAAGGUGGCGCACGCCGUGUGUGUUGUAUGUGUUUGUGUAUAAUUUGAAUUUACCUGCCUGCAAGUGACAGCUGACUGACUUUUUUGAAUUUACAAAAAAAAAAUCUUGAACUUUUAGUGUGUGUCAAUAUUUGCGAAUUUAAUUUGUGUAAAUAUUUAUAUAAACACAGAUUUGUUUGUAUUGUGUUUGUUUUUGUUGCUGUGCUUUUUUAUGGCACUGGCAAAAUAGCAGUGCAAAAGUCAUUAUAAUAAAAUAGGUCUUUAAAAAUAAUUUUUCCCACGAUGAAUACCACUUCACCCAAAUCAUCGCUAGCCAAAUUGGGUAUACACACCACCAAGCAUAAAUCACUAAAAGUAAUGGUGUUGGGACAGAGCGGUGUAGGAAAAUCUGCUAUGGUUGUUAGAUUCAUUACUAGACGAUUCAUUGGUGAAUAUGAUCCUAAUCUGGAGAAGGUCUACACCCAUAACACCACAUUCGACAAUGAGCUCAUACAGUUUGAUAUAUUGGACGCAGCUGGACAACCCAAUAAAGAAGAUUGCGUCAGUUUGGACACAAACAUACGUUGGGCGGACGCCUUCAUACUGAUGUACUCGGUGACCGAUAAGUGUAGUUUUGAUGAAUGUAAUCGACUGAAAUUCUUAAUCAAUUAUAACAAAAGGAGACGUAAACUGGGAUCAAAUAGCAAGGAUUCACUCUCGGAUGUGCCAGUAAUAUUGGUGGGCAACAAAACGGAUCAAACGGGCGAUCGUAUGGUGAGCAUUGAGGAGGGCCAACGUCGUUUCCGUGAUCUAACAUGUGUCUGCUUCCAUGAGAUCUCUGUCCGCGAGAGUGUUGAUCAAGUUCAGGCCGUGUUCCGUGACAUAUUUCGCUUUUGGCGUGUCUUCAGCAAGUUUCCCAAACUGAAACGUUCCACCAGCGACGUACAAAAUGCUUCCGACUCAGCGUUGAGCCCCGAUUCGGGUUGCUCCUUCUACGAUCCGUCAUCGUAUAACAGUGAAACACGUAGAUCCUUUUUCAUAAAUGGUAAUUUGACUCUAAUAAAAUAUGUAUAUCUUAAUGAUAAACCUAUCGUUAAAGCCAACACCUGCCUGGAGGAGACCGAUCACACAGAAUCCACCGAUGAGCUCGGUUCCGGUAGCCUAUGCAGCUCGCGUUGCGAAAUAGAUACACCAUUCCGCAGUAGAGCUUCCACAGAUGGCACAUUGCUGUCGCGUCCACGUCGCUGGCGUUAUCCACCACCCGGUUGUCUAGCACACACCAAUCGUGUCGAACGUCGCAUGAGCAUCUCAACUCGUGGCAGCAACGCCAGCUAUUGACUACUAAUGCAUCACUGAGUGGCGCUCGGUUUCAAUAGCAAGCGGUUGUUGUUGUAACAAGAUUUUAUUAUUUAUAUCAUUACAAGGCUUUGAAGGUUCAAUAUGCUUAAUGGGGGCGCGUUGCACGCUUAUUGAUAGACUAUUUGUUAUAAAAUAUAAAUUAUUUAUUACGAUUAUAUUAAGAUAUAACUACAUAUGUAAUACUGAUGUUUUAUACAUGUAUUUUUCUAUGUACUGAUUGUAUUUAUGAGAUAAGUAUUUAUUAAAGGUUUCAUAGAUGUAUUGACCCUUAUAUUUACAUAUACAUAUGUAUAUCUUGCUUAUAAGAAUGAAUAAUAAAACUUAGA